CCGGAUGUACUUUGGCGGUUGAUUUCGGUUUUACCGUUAGAGAGAGAGAGAGAGAGAGCAAGAGAGCAAGAGAGAGCGCGCGCGCGCGUUACAGGGGCGCUGAACCUGCCGGUGUGCAGGAAGUGCGCGCGAGAUGCUGACCGGAUAUCGCACAGCUGUUCCGCCACAGACAGUGACGAGUAGGAUGAGGUAUUAUCAGCUGGAUGGUGUCUCGGUGUGAACGGCAACACGACCGCGGCGGCGCGGUCCGCACCGUGACGGAGACGUGCGCUGGCUUCCGUCCCGCCGUCCCCCGCCCGGGGCGGACUCACCGCCCACCCGGCACGUCGCGGUUCGCCUUCGAGGGACGCCGUCCGUCGCGUUGAUUGGCGUGCGAGGCCCGCGCGCGGACCGACGCUCGGUCUUCUCUUUGCGGCGCAGAAACUGUGACAUCACCUUCGCGGCUCACCUUGGAAACCAAAUCCCCAUUUCAAGACCGAAAAAGGCAAAAACGGCUGAAUGGUUGAUGGAUCCCAAGCAGCAGAAACCAAUCAACACGGACCCUUGUGGACUCGAAGUUACGACUUCGCUUCCACAGCUCGUGGUCCAGGAACCACCUCUCAUCCGGCCGUCAGAGGAGCCCCCAAAACAUUUUGUAUUGAGCACCAUGCGGGCUGCAGCUGCACCCGUAAAAGUGCCGAACCAAAUGCUGUCGACGCAGCCAAAGUCUGGAACCACCGCGGCAACGCUGGUAAGCAUAAGCCGGCCGAGACCGACAGCUCUCGGAAGUAAACCUGCUCCCAAGUCGACGAGAAUCCCAGCGGACCCCUCAAAGGAAAUCGACUUAAUCCCAGUUUGUAUCCCAGGACCUCAGAGUGCCAACGUCCUGUCACAUUCCCUGACAGACUCCUCCCUCUGCCGCCGCAAUCCACAGAGUCCCCAAAGCCCUCCGUCUUACACCAGCCGGCCUUACCUGAGCCCUAACCCCGGCCUGCCCCUUCCCAAUCCCAGCCUCAGUCCUCAGCCCCAGAGGAGCCCCUCGCCGGGGAGCUCCACCGAGACCCCAGUGCAGUCCGAGAAGCCGGGCGCGGAAAACAACGACUUCAGGGUGUACAUCCUCACGUGGAACGUGGGCUCAGCUGUCCCUCCUGAUGACAUCACUUCUCUGUUCGGACCAAAUGUUUCAGAUGGGAGUGUUGACAUGUUUGUCAUUGGACUCCAGGAAGUCAACUCCAUGAUUAACAAGCGACUGAAGGACGUCAUUUUCUCAGACCAGUGGAGUGAGCUUUGCAUGGACAAGCUGAGUCCUUUCGGAUAUGUUUUGGUGGCGUCCCAGCGCAUGCAGGGAGUGCUGCUCCUGGUUUUCUCGAAAUUCUGCCAUCUUCCAUUCCUCAGAGGCGUACAGACCGAGAGCACGCGCACGGGACUCGGGGGAUAUUGGGGGAACAAAGGCGGUGUCAGUGCCAGGAUGACAGUGUUUGGCCACCCGGUGUGCUUUCUCAACUGUCACCUGCCCGCUCACAUGCGGAACCUGGAACAGCGGAUGGAGGACUUUGAAAGCAUCCUGCACCAGCAGCAGUUUCAAGGGUGCACUGCCACUGGAGUACUAGACCACGAUGUCGUUUUUUGGUUCGGGGAUUUAAAUUUCCGUAUCGAAGACUAUGACAUCCAUGUGGUGAAAUGUGCCAUCGACAGCAAUAAACUGCCACUUCUGUUGGAGCGAGAUCAGCUCAACAUGGCUAAAAACACAGAGUCCAUCCUCGAGGGCUUCGUUGAGGGACCACUGAAAUUCCCACCCACCUAUAAGUUUGAUGUGGGCACUCAUACUUACGACACCAGUGCAAAGAAGAGGAAACCAGCCUGGACAGACCGCAUCCUCUGGCGCCCUCGUCGUACCGGCUCCCCCGUUCCUACCCACAAUGCAGCGCUGCAGAGGGGUCUGACCUCGUGGUUGGGUGGGUCGACCAAAGUGACACAGCAUGUGUACCGAAGUCACAUGGGCUUCACCAUCAGCGACCACAAGCCGGUUUCUGCCAUGUUCUCACUGCACUUCCCAUUCAGGGUGGAUAUGCCUCUGGUGGAGCUGCAGGUAAACAAGGAAUGGUGUAAGAUCUCCGACGCCACAGUCAAAUUCACUGUUGCAUCGACUUAUCAGCGCAGCUCGUGGGACUGGGUAGCAAUAUACAAGGUUGGAUUCAGACAUCACAAGGAUUACCAGGCGUACAUAUGGGCCAAGGGAGAACAUGCAACACAGGUGACAUUUUCAGAGGAAGAUUUGCCGAGAGAUGACUGUGAAUACAUGCUGGGUUACUACAGUAAUAAUAUGAACAGCAUUGUUGGACUGUCAAAGCCGAUCCAGAUCAACCUUCCAGUGCGCAGCCCCACGGCGCAUCGUUCCAACAGCUCUGAUGACAGCUCAGAAGACGACAGCACUCUGGUUCUGCUGGCUCCAAACUCCCGCAGCCCGAGCCCGAAAAUCGGAAAACACAACCAACGGCAUCGCCGCAGCUGCAGCCCGGGUGUUUCUGCCAUUUCCAACAGCCCCCUCCCUUCCCUGCAGAACCUCAGCCUCUGUCCCCGCUCCAAAGAGAGCCAGACUGGCAGCCGCUCACCUUGCUCUGCCUCUAAGAAAGAGCGACUGGUGUCGCCCGACACCGGGCUGUCCCCCGCCAUCAGCCCACUCAGUCCCCGCAGCCCUGGGUCUCCAGGGGGUGGGGUGACUGCACCGGAGGCCCUUGUCGCUGCCAUUUUAGGUGAACAUAGACCAGCUCUGAUCAGCCCCACAGGGGUCAAACAGAUAGGCAAGACAGGGGAAACAGACACCGCAUAGCGUAUAAACAACAAUGGCAUACAGGGAGAACGGCGGGCAAUAUCUCUGCAUCAAGCGUCUGAUCCGACGACGUCACCAUGCUCGUAGAAGCAGGACAUUCAGUGACUCCCCAUGUAGUUUGUAAACAUUCCACAUCGUAGCCAUGCAGUUCUGUUUCUGAAUCUACCAUCACGACACACGCCAUGUGUCUCCUGGAGUCAAAGACGUGUCCGGAAUACCAACGCCAAGUGCUUUUAUAGACUCAUAAGUUGUAUCACAUGUAAACCAACCUAUUGAAUGUGAAACCAAAUUCAGAAUAAACCUGUGACGGAUGUGACCAGU